AUGAGUGCAGAUGCACUUGUCUCCCUUCAAAGCCAGCCCAUCUCUGUUGACUACAGUGGGAAGGUUCCUGUGGAGCACCUGGACUAUGAUUACAUUAAAGAAUGCAAAGAUGUGAAAUACCUGGAGAAGAUCUUGAGACUACUGAGGUCUGGUGAUGAGGGCAUUUAUCCUCAUCUGAUCAAGUUCUGUGAGAGUCACCUGGAGAAACUGGACCCUAAGAGCCGAGCACUCAGGAAGGAAAACCCUGUGGCCACAGCAGCCAGCAUCGCUGCAGAGGAGUGGAGCCAAAUUGUUGAUGAACUGAAGACGUGGGAAGAAGAAACCAAAAAGACAGAGAGUUCCCUAAAACAGCAGCCAGUGUUUGAUGAUAUGGUGAAAGAAAAUAUGCCACCUGUUAGAGGGUCAAAUCACUCUGCUCCACUUAUCCAGAAUUCAGAUCCAAAAUCAAACGGGAAUCCCUCCAAACGUGCUCUCCCACGUGAUUAUCAAGAAUGGGACAAGUUUGAUGUGGAAAAAGAAUGUGAAAGAAUUGAUGGAAACAUUGUGAGAAAUGAACAUCCUACUAUUAUAAACUCAGGAUACCCCAAAGUCAAGACUCAAGUGGAUACUUCAUUGCUGACACAACAAGAGAAACUUGUCCUGGCAAACCGUGAAAAGGACAAAGGCAACGAAGCUUUCAGAGCACACGAUUACGAGGAGGCAGUAGCAUACUAUUCCAGAAGCCUUUCCAUUAUGUCAACCGUGGCUGCGUACAACAACAGAGCCCAGGCAGAGAUCAAUCUCAAGCACUGGCACAAUGCCAUGAGGGACUGCCAGAGAGUACUGGAACUGGAACCAGGCAAUAUGAAAGCCCUGCUACGUCGUGCCACUGUCCAUAAGCACAUGGGCAACUUCCAAAUGGCUGUGGAGGAUCUGAGGAUGGUGCUUAAGGAAGAGCCGCACAAUGCUGCAGCUGCUAAACUUCUGACUGAAACUGAGAAGAGGAUGACAGAAACUCAACCAGGACAGCAAAGCAAAGGCAAAAAAAUCCUCAUCCAAGAAGUGGAAGAGGAAGAGGACGAGAGUAUUGGCGAAAAAGCAGAGCAGACGGUUUGUCCGGUUGAACACAGCCAGCCUGUGGGAGGGGAGGAGAGCUCAGCUGCUCCUGCCGAAAGGGGAGACAUGGGUAACGCGCAAAAGAAGCCCCACGGCAGAGGGGACGGGGGUCCUCACAGCGAGUCUGGCAACUCCCACCACGGACACUGGAAGGGCAAGGGAGGCAGCUCGGACAAGUACAAACUCGGGCAGGAAUCCAAGGAUAAGGUAGCCAAUGGAACAGGCAAGAGGGGCUCGACAGCUUCGAACCAGGCUGACCAGAGUGGAGGCAGCAGCAAGGGAACUCCUGUUGGAGGAAGUGCAGCACAAACUGUCAACCUCGAUGCCCCAUGUGGAGCCCUGCCUCUACCUCUGGCCCGGCUAAAGAAUGAAGGGAACCUGCUGUUUAAAAACGGACAGUUUGCCGAUGCACUGGAGAAAUACUCACAAGCCAUUCAAGGCUAUACAGAAUCAGGGCUUGAUAGUCCAGAGGAUCUAUGUAUUCUGUAUUCUAACAGAGCAGCUUGCUACCUGAAAGAUGGCAACUGUCAAGACUGCAUACAGGACUGCACAAAAGCCCUGGAGCUGCAGCCGUUCUCUCUCAAGCCCCUCCUGCGCAGGGCCAUGGCUUAUGAGUCUUUGGAGCGCUACCGUAAGGCCUACGUGGAUUACAAGACUGUCCUGCAGAUAGACAUCAGCGUGCAGGCGGCACACGACAGCGUCAACAGGAUCACCCGGUUGCUGAUCGAACAGGACGGCACUGAGUGGAGAGAGCAGCUCCCCGAUAUUCCCCUGGUGCCUCUGUCAGCUCAGCAGCACCGCAGAGAGGAGCCACCCAGCGCCGAGGUCCUCCAGGCACGAGCGGAGAAAGCCGCCAAGGAUGCUGAGAGGAAAGCAGAAGUCCGUUUUACAGCUCUGAAGACAGAAGGGAAUGAGUAUGUGAAGAAAGGCCAAUACCAGGAUGCUCUUGGAAAGUAUACAGAAUGCCUUAAGCUAAAGCCAGAAGAGUGUGCAGUCUACACCAACAGAGCCCUGUGCUACUUGAAGCUGGAGAGAUUUACAGAGGCCAAACAGGACUGUGAUGCAGCACUGAAACUGGAGCCAACCAAUAAGAAGGCCUUCUACAGACGAGCAAUGGCCAACAAAGGCCUCAAGGACUACCUGGCGUGCAGCUCUGACCUGCAGGAGGUGCUGCAGCAGGAUCCUAACGUGCAGGAGGCUGAGAAGGAGCUGGAGGAGGUGACAGUGCUGCUCAGACAGAGCCUGGCCAACGCCUCACCAACCAAACACAGGAAGACAGUCCCCAUCACAGAGGUGGAGGAUGACGAGGAAACGUCAGCCGUUCCCGAGCCAGACGGGGACAACACGACCAUCAACCUACAUCCAACCAACGCCUACGAGUUCGGCCAGGCUCUGAACGCGGCUCACAGCAGUGGGAACGUGGCUGCCUGCGCCGAGCUGCUGGCCUCCACGAAUCCAGAGGUGCUUCCACAGUACCUGAGCACUCAGCUGGACGCGCACAAACUCAGUUUCAUCAUGCGAGCACUAGACUCCCACCUCCUGGAAAAAAACCCCAACCAGGUCUACAAACACCUCAAUCACCUGCACACUGCUGACAGGUUCUCGGUCGUACUGAUGCUGCUGGAGAAGGACGAGCGCCGCCACAUGACUCAGCUGUUCGAGCAUCUGUCAGCCGUAGAGAGCACGGAGUUCACCAAGAACGAUGUUCAGAACCUGGCCAACAAAUACAUCUGACCCUCCCCCUUUGUCCCCCGCUUCCCUGCUGCUGCUGCUGCAUGAGCUGCUGCGACCACUACAACAACUCUUGGAUCUAUGCAAAACACUGCACAAGAACUGAGUACACAAAGGCAGGAAGCUGCAGAAUGUGCCCCCAGAGCAAUACAAUGGAACUGAGUCACGUUCACUGUACUGAUCUGUGCUGUAAAUGAUCUAACACUGUAUAUGUUUAAGUGACUGUAUAAGGACUCUAUUUUUCUUCUCCAGAACCUUUUUUGCUAUGCAGAUUUACUUUUGUACCACCACUAACACAUUCGCAUUGUACAGCAGGCACACAAUUGGGGUACUAUGGACCUUUUCACUUAAGCGUACUGAUAACCAGGGUCCAAUGUACAUUAUUACAUAAGGCUACUGGCAAGUGUUUCCCCUACAGGCAGUUGCGUUUGCUCAGGACAGGACUCACACUCCCCACCCCACCCUCUUUCCACACUGAGCUCAGUUCUUCUGGUCCUUGAACCCCGUCGGUGCUUUGAUAGCAGACGCUUGAUAAACGAGCUGCUGUCAGAGUGACACGGCGGACACCAGCCAAGAUCAGAAAUGAUAUUCAGUGCACGCUGAGUAUUACCCUAGGAAAGGAGUGAAUGAGCUAAUUUGCUACUAAGCUAAUUAAGAUGUUCCCUGCUGCAGGAUCAAACCAUAAGAUAAAGUUACAGUUUUAUCUCAACUGUAUGUACUGAAUUAUCUUUAUGGAAGAUAUAGGCCUGCGCAAUCUUAUUGCUUUCUGAUGAGCUGAUAUCUACUGACAGUGUUUUAGGAAGCUUACAUGACUCAGAUGCUCUUUCUGUUUGUUUUUCAGCUAUGCAAUUAGAUCUCCAUUCUAUUGUAAAGUCAACUCUUAAAAGGCCGGUGUCUGUGUCUUUUCCAGAAUGAGCGACACUAAGUCACUCGCCCUAUUUUGUUUACCAAAUUUAGCCCGCCGGCCGAUCCACAUCUGCACAUUCAUCUUCAGCAGUUGAGACACACAGAUGUGUACAGAUGUGCGACACACUGGAGAGAAGCAGCAGCAUCUUUUAUGAGAUGUGUGCCUUGGAUUUCAGAGUAGGGUGUCAUCUUAUAUUAUAUUUUUUGGGGACACUCCUCAGAGAGAGAGUAUUUGUCAUUCUGUAGAUUUUAUUAAAUGUUAUAAAUGGCUUGGAUUUACGCAUCAUACAUCAAACGUAUACUGUAUCCUUUUUUUUCCAAAUGUAUUUUAUUCUUAUUUGCUAAUUUAAAAGAUCUUCUGUUCAUGUAUUUAAUUAAUGAAAUUGACUGCCUGAAUCCAAACCAUUCUGUCUUUCUAAUGUUUUAUCAGUUCUACAUGAAUGUACCAAAUUUAG